AUGUACAAAUUAGAUUGUCAAUAUAGUAAAUUAGAAAACAUUUUCGCAAUUCAACAUUUUGUUGAUUUGAAAUCAGCAUGCCUUGAGAAAUUAAAGCAGCUUGUUAUAGAUGAUUUAGAAGAUACUACAAUGAUUGAAGCGCGUAAACUUCGUGUUCGUGGAUCGACAAGUGGUCGUACAUGCGAUAAUAAAGGGAAAUGUGCUAGGAGACAACGUGCAUAUAAAAAAGCGGAAGUUUUUUGUUUGACAAAAUGUCAUUCUAAACGAGCAGCUUGUAAAAAUAUGGAUGAAUAG